GUUGUUUUCAUUUCUCUCCAGGCAGACAAGUUGUUGAAAGCACUGAAGCAACACUUUCAUGGAACACAACAAGAAAAUGAAAAUAUGGACACUGAAAAAAGUGCAUCUGCUUCCAUCGAAUUGGAUGAACCGAGCAAUCAGGAGGAAAUUAUGGCUGAUUCAGUGUGCUUUAUUACAAAAACACGUGGUAGAGAAAGGAAAAAAACCAGGAAGAGGAGGAACUCUGAAGAAUCUAAGAAAAGUGUAGAAAAUACAGGAUUUUCUGAUGAGAAAGAGGAGCAUUCUGAAAUGAAAGAAAACGAAGUGCCUCAGGGCAAGCAUGAAAAGGAGCGGAAAGUAUUCCAAGAUGAGGAAUCAGUAACUAAAAAGAGAGCUGUCAAGAAUCCAGGGGUGGGUACUGGUCAGAAAGAACAACCAGAGCAGACUUCCACUAAAAGUAGUGGAGAUGAAGGUGAUGCUCAUCGUGCAGGAGGAAAGAUCCCUUUAUAUGCAGGCCGUGCAUCUAGGUCUGGGAAAAAGGCAAUGAAAGCUACUACACCAAACUUUAAGAAGUUGCACGAGGCUCAAUUCAGGAAAAUGGAAUCUAUUGCUGACUACACUGAGAGGAAAAAAAAAAGGAUCGAAGCUUCUCUUGGUGAAGUCAAGAAACAAACCAAUGGCAAAACAUUUUUAUUCAGCCCCAAUCCAGAAAGAGGUAGAUUCUCCGCCACCUGCACUCCCAGUAACCUCCGGCGCUCACCUCGCAGUUCUCUGAACGCUGCCAGUCGGAGCAUUUUAUCUAGGAAAUCUUCAUUUAAUCCUGUCCUUUCAACAACCAAAAUGAAUGUCAGGUUCUCAGAAGCCACAAAAGACAAUGAGCAUAAACGCUCUCUCACCAAGACUCCAUCUAGAAUGUCCCCGUACCUGGCAAUCUCCACACCGGAGAGCCAAAAGAGCUGCAAAUUUAUAAGUCGGAAAAGCAGCAAGGGAAAUGCAGGAAAUAAUGAUCUGACUGCACCAAAGGUUAUCACCCCCUUCAAGUUUGCAGCUCACUCUGCAGAACCUGCGAGCACAAAGAAGACGUUUGAUCUCAAAGCAAGUCUGUCAAGGCCGCUUCGGUAUCAGCCGCACAAAGGACGACUGAAACCAUGGGGAGAAUAUAAAGAAAAUACUGUCCCAAAUAAGUCUGUCAGUAGCAACAUUUCUUUGCAUAGAAAAGAUUACAAACAGCCACAUCUCCAGACGAGGGAAGAAAGACGUGAGAAACAUGAGCAAGAGAGAAAAAAGAAAAAGGCCCAGAAUCUUGGAAACCGUAGAGGAUUGUCUGUGGGUUAG